GUUUACCAACUCAAGAUGGGUCGUUACGCUAAGGAACCAGAUAACCCAGCAAAGUCCUGUAAGACUCGCGGAUCGAACUUAAGAGUGCAUUUCAAGAAUACUCGCGAAACGGCGCUAGCGAUCAAGCGUAUGCCUCUGCGUCGCGCUCAGAAAUUUCUGAAGAACGUAGUGGAAAAGAAGGAAUGUGUUCCGUUCCGCCGUUUCAAUGGUGGUAUUGGCCGUUGUGCGCAGGCUAAGCACUGGAAUACUUCGGUCGGUCGCUGGCCGAAGAAAUCCGCUGAGUUUCUGUUGCAGUUGUUGAAAAACGCUGAAGCAAAUGCUGAUUACCGGGGACUUGACGUGGACCGACUUGUGGUUGACCAUAUCCAGGUCAAUCGAGCGCCAUGCCUGCGUCGUCGAACGUAUCGUGCUCACGGUAGAAUUAAUCCAUAUAUGUCAUCUCCCUGCCACAUCGAGCUGUCGCUCACCGAAAAGGAGGAUGUCGUGGCCAAGGCUACCGAAAACGAACCAGCGAAAAAGAAGCUGUCCAAGAAGAAGCUCCAGCGGCAGAAAGAGAAAAUGAUGCGUAAUGAAUAGAACAUAGUUUCGGAUACUACGAAAAUAUAAAAGAAGGGCGUAAAAAACAA